AUGCUACUAACGAUAUUCCUCAUCGGCAUCCUACUCACGUUGUUCCUCUGUUUCCUUGCUCUCCCCUACGCAUUCCUCAUACCGCCCAGAGACUUCCCAAAGAACAUCCCCACCAUUCCCUUUUAUGUUUCCCUACUCUCACUCUUCACGGACGUUGACCAAGCCGACCUGUACGGGAAAUACCUCGCCGGGCCCCUCCAACAGUAUGGCGCGGUAAAGAUCUUCUUCGGCGCCCGAUGGAACAUCCUAGUCACGCGUCCCGCCUUCGUCGCCGAGGUCUUCAAGUGCGAAGACAGUCUGUACCCGAAGAGCGGGAACCAGAAGAAGAUCCCUUAUAGCGUGCUCGCAGAGUACACGGGUGAUAAUAUCAUCAGUGCGCAUGGGGAGAAUUGGCGACUUUAUCAAUCUGUGCUGAAGCCGGGCUUGCAGCGGGAGUUCGAGGUCGAGCCGAUCCUGAAGAAUGCGCAUACCCUGAUCCGGCUGCUGUUCGAGGAGCAGAAACUUUCCGGAAACGGAAGUGUGCUUUUGCCGCAACUUUUGCAGCGAUAUACACUAGCGAAUCUGUCCGAGAGCCUCCUUGGAGCAGAUUUUCAGACCCUCCAAAACCCGAACGCACCACUUCACACCCUCCAACUCGCCGUGAAACGCGAGAUUUUUAAGCCCUUCUUCCUCAACUUCCCUUUUUUGGAUCUCCUCCCCGUCAAAAGCCGAGACCGAGCGCGAAAGCUUGUGGUCAAGUUCGCGGACGAACUCUGUGCGACUGUGCUUCGAGGUCAUAGACAUCAGCAUGAUGAUCCUUCGACAGAUCGGCUGGGCUGCCGCAUGAUCGCGGGGCAAUUCCGGGAUAACAUGGUCAGCGUGUUUUUGGCUGGCCAUGAAAAUCCGCAGCUGUUGCUGACGAGUAUGAUAUUCUUGUUGGGGGAGAAUCAGGAUGCACAAGCCCGGCUACGCCAGGAAAUCAUGUCCGUUGGUCCAUCAGACCAGCUCGAUUACACCGCCCUCCAAAAUGUGCCCUACCAAACUUCUGUGAUCUACGAAACCCUUCGCCUCUUCCCUCCGAUCUCGCAACUGCUCAAUCGCAAAACUACUCAGGACGUCAUGCUGGGAGGCAAGAUCCCUGUCCCUGCAGGGACAUACCUUGGCUAUAAUGCCUACGCGACAGGCCGUGAUCACGGGGCGUGGGGCGCCAAUGCCAACGAUUUCAAGCCCGAGCGGUGGGGCAGUACCGUGGAGGAGAUCAAUGCGAACUAUAGGAGGGUUAAUAGUCGGGCGUCGUUUAUUGCGUUUCAUGGCGGCAGAAGAGCGUGUUUGGGACAGAAGUUUGCAAUGUUUGAGGCAAGGCUUUCGAUGGCGACGGUGUUAAGAGAGGUAAAGUGGUGGAUUGAUCCUGCAUGGGUGAGAAAGAUGACGCUGGCUGGGCCGCUAUAUCCGAGGAUGCUGCGAGUCAGAUUUGAGAGGCUCCAGGGGACCCGUUUGGAUGAGAAACAGGGGUUCGAUUUGCUUUGA